GUCAAUGCUAUCCUUCCUUCACGUGCCAGUGCCACAUCCUUCACGUAUCGAGGCAAACUAACAACUAAAUAGUAUUACUGUAAUUCCAACAUUAAAUGAGUCAACAAUUAGAAACCAGUCGACCGAUCUGAACCAGAUAACUAGGAGGUCGCGAUGAGACUUCGUACUAAUAGGCAUUGUUGACGGCUCAUUUCCUUUUCAUUCCGGGCUCUUUCGGAGUGCCCUUCGUAUUUUGCAUAAAAAAUGGGCCAUAAAAUUGAUAUAAAAUUAUUUUUGUCAAAAUCACCAAACUGCCCUCUCCUCUUGCUACUAGCAAAGCGAGGGCUCAAGAAAACGUGCGCGGAUAAUAUAGUACUCUAUGGUUGUGGACAUCUCCAGGAGUCAGCCUUCCAUGCCAUGGACCAUGCCGGGACCAUACGCAGACUCUGCGCUGCUGCUCUGCGCGACAACGCGACCAUACGGCCCGAUACCGGUCUGCUGCCGGCCUGCUGAGUGCCGAAUCGGCUCGAACGGCGUCGAUGUGAAUUGCCGCGAAUCUAAAUACCACUAAAUACUUUGUAUAUACCCAACGUUAUAAAGAUGAUUGUAUCAUCCCGAUUCCUCGUCCGUUCUUGUAACCACACUAGAAAUAGUAGCCUUUGUCGUUUAAUACGGAUGUGGCACAAGGACUUCAGAGGAUUAACAACAGUAAUUUAAUAUUCGUGAAUUAUGUGAUGUAAUGUGUGGUUACAGUGAAAAUAAUUUUGAUGAAUAUAUUUAUUUGAAAACAUUCUCAGUAUAUUAUUUCUUUUUAGUGGAUCGUAUUAAAUUGUGAUUAUAAAUAAUGGUCACUUAAAUGACAGGUUACUUCUCGAAGACGAGUAUUUUCGGGAAUUCAACCAACUGGCAGUUUGCACUUAGGGAAUUACUUCGGUGCAGUUCAGAAAUGGGUAGAACUUCAAAAUUUGGGAGGAGAUACUAUUUUUAGUAUUGUUGAUAUGCACUCUAUUACUUUACCUCAGGAUCCAAACGUUUUACAAAACAAUGUGUUGAAAGUUACAGCAUCCUUAAUUGCAUGUGGUAUAGAUCCAGAAAAAAGUGUUAUAUUCCAACAGUCAAAAGUUAGUCAGCAUGCAGAGCUGUGUUGGGUCUUAGGUUGUCUUACAACAAUGGCCCGACUAGCACAUUUACCUCAAUUUAAAGAGAAAUCUGCCACCUUAAAAGAAGUUCCUCUCGGGCUUUAUUUGUACCCUGUACUACAGUGUGCUGAUAUUCUUCUUUACAGAGCAACUGAAGUUCCUGUUGGAGAAGAUCAAGUACAACACUUGCAAUUGGCUCAGCACUUGGCCAAAGCAUUUAAUAAUCGCUUUGGUUACACGUUUCCCAUUCCCAGAGCAGUUGUUGGAGAUACUAAUGUAUGUCGAGUGAAAAGUCUUCGGGAUCCAUCAAAAAAAAUGUCGAAAUCGGACGUGGACUCCAAAAGCCGAAUUGACCUCUGCGAUUCACCAGAAAUUAUUUUAGAUAAGUGCCAAAAAGCACUUACUGACUUCCAGUCUGCAAUUACCUUUGAACCUGAACAUCGGGCAGGAGUUUCCAAUUUGAUAUCAAUUCAUUCUUUGUUUACUGGACAAGAACCUUGUAAUAUUUGUAAAGAAUAUUCAGAUAUUGACACUGGGAAGUACAAGUUGGUUGUUGCCAAUGUAAUUCAGGAUUAUUUGAAACCAAUUCGUGAAAGAACUGAAAAGUUAAUGGCUGAUCCCUUAUACUUACAAGAAAUUUUAGAACAGGGUUCAAGAAAAGCUAGAAGCAUGGCUGAAGAAACAUGGCAGGAUGUGAGAAAAAGAAUUGGCUUUUCUAGCCAGUGACAGUGCACUCCCAUCUAAUUGUAAUGUGAAACUAAUAUGAGGUCAGGAUUCUUGUACAUAUUUAUUAAGUUUGAGGUAGUAAUUAUCACUGUUUUAGAUCAUUAUCAUCUUAGUCUUAGAUUAAAUAAUGUUGGUUUUUGUAAUAAUUGCAGAAAUUAUGGCAUUUGUCAGAGAAAAUAAAAUUUAAUAUAAACCCUUUUCUUGUCUUAUCAUUUUCAUUCUAAAUUCUUAGUUGAUAUAUUUCUGUUCCUAUCAUCACUUCUGUGUAC